AUGGCCAGUACCAUAGGCAGGCGGCUGGCGGAGCUGCAUAGCGCCCUCGCCGCGCCUGCUGACGAUCCAGCCUUCAGCCCCGAGCGCGCCGAUUCUGCCCAAGCCCAGCAGCAUGCGGCGCAGGCUAUCGCAACGCUGCACGACGCGCUCCGGGUUUUGGCCGAGCACCGCCGCGGUGGCGGCGGCAAACUUGACGGCCGCACGCUCGCUGCCGCCUACGCUGACGCCGACGCCGAAUGGCUGGAAAACCACGUCGAACCGUUGACGCAAGCGAUACGCGAGCGCGCGUACCUGGAGCAAGAUUCGCUGUACCUGCGUAUUCACGGUGACUUCCAUCUGGGGCAGGUUUUGGUCGCGCGCGGCACCGACUCUUGCACCGACAUCGACGACGCUUGCCUCGUUGAUUUCGAAGGCGAGCUGGCCCGUCCGUUUGCCGAGCGGCGCACCAAGACCACCCCCUUACGCGACGUGGCGGGCCUGCUGCGCUCAUUCGAUUACGCCGCUGCCGUGCUGAGCUCACCGGGUCCGUUGGGGUCUGCUCUGCUCACCACUUGCGCCACCGAGACGCUGGGGAUCGUGAAUAAGCCUAUGGGGUACCAUGCAGUGGCCCACCAGGCGCCCCACCCGUGGCUCAAGCCAGGCGCGGAGCAGCGCCUGCUCGAACUGUCAUUGCUCGAAAGAGCGGCCUAUGAGGUGUGUUACGAAGCCGCGCACCGCCCUGAUUGGCUGUGGAUUCCAGCCGCCGGCUUGGCUGAGCUAGCGCGCGGCAUACUGGCCUCGCCGUCGAGCGAGAAGGAGACGCACGAAUCAUGA